AUGGGCAUUGAAGAAACAGAUAAUCGAAAUGGCGAUAGUGAAGAGAAUAAGAACCAAAAUACCGUGAAUUUAGACAAAAUAUUAGUUGAAGAAAUUGGUCAGAUAGGUCCUUAUCAACUACGGACAUUAGGUCUAUCUGUUAUUGUGGUCAUUUUUGCUGCUUGGGCUGCCAGUGAAUUCGUUUUUACAACCGCUCGUAUUAGUACCAGAUGUUUGAUUGAAGAAUGUGAGACACAAGACACAGCUGAGUUUAGGCCAACAUGGAUCUUGAACGCGGUGCCCGCCGCCGGCAACUCCUUUGACAACUGCAGGCGAUUUGUUUCUGUGAAUGCUACAACAAGGAACGACGUCUGCCCUGCAGAGUGGUUCAAUCCGAACACUAUAAAAGACUGCCAAACACAUCUCUACGAGACCACCGACACCGUUGUAUAUGAUUACGACUUAGCCUGUGACGAAUGGCGUCGGUCUCUGAUCGGGUCUGUACGAACUUUCGGAACUCUGACUGCGCUGCCCAUCACGGGCUACGUGUCGGACCGCUGGGGGCGCAGGACGGCUCUCAGUAUCAAUGCCGUCAACACUGCCUGGAUAGGUGCCAUGCGGUACUUUGCCGUGAUGGAACUCAUUGGUCCUAAGUAUCGAGUCGCAGCGGGUGCUACUAUGAACACUUUCUUUUCGAUCGGUCAAAUUACAAUGGGUUUAAUCGCAUGGGCUGUUCCUAACUGGCGGAUGUUUACGCUUACUUUAUAUUUACCACAACUCAUCACAAUCUCCUACUUCUGGAUCAUGUCAGAGUCUGUACGUUGGUACAUGAGCAAAGGUCGAUUCGAAGAAGCAGAAACUGUUUUAAAAGACGUAGCUCGUGUUAACAAAACUCAACUGUCUCAAAAAUCUCUGGAGCUGUUAAGAGAAAACAUACUGGAAGAGGAACGUAAAAAAGCAUGUGAAAAGGAACAGAAAGUGAACGAACCGUGGCUAAUAGCCUUAAUAUUUAAACACAAACCGAUUUUACUUCGAGUGAUGGUGUCACCAGUUUGGUGGAUGACAACAACAUUCAUUUACUAUGGCAUGUCAAUCAAUUCGGUUAAUAUGUCAGGAAAUCGGUAUUUAAACUAUGUAGCUGUUUCGGCAUCCGAAAUCCCUGGUUACUGGACAGCUGUGCUCUUAAUGGGGAGGAUUGGAAGAAAGCCAGUUCUGGCAGGAGCCUUCUGGAUUUGUGCGGCUUGUCAAAUCGCGUAUAUCUUUAUGCCAGCAGGACUGUAUAGUGCGUCUUUGGCAGUUUAUCUUGUUGGCAAAUACAGCAUUGCCAUUGUGAUGACAUCCGUAUACGUGUAUACUGCGGAACUCUAUCCUACUAAGUACAGGCACAGUCUAUUUGCCUUCUCCUCCAUGAUGGGUCGGAUUGGAUCUAUCGUUGCCCCACUCACCCCAGCUUUUGGUGCUGCUGUGUGGGUCAAUCUGCCGUUUGCUCUGUUUGGAGGAUUUGCAUUACUCUCUGGUAUUUUAGUUCUCAUCACUCCCGAAACUCUCGGUCACAAGCUGUCCGAUACUAUGGAAGAGGCAUCUAUGAUUGGCGUCAAGACUAAAAAGGCUGAAUCU